AUGGUUGAUCCAGGUAGAUCAGUAUGUUCUUCUCCACAAGUGUUUCUUGACAUCACUCUUGACAAGAUAAAACAAGACACAAGAAUCAGUUCAUAUUUAACAACUAACAUGAGAUCAACUACUUUAUCUAUUGCUACUUUAGCAUUAGUUGCACAAUCCUUGGCAGCUUAUGUUCCUUCUGAACCAUGGUCCACAUUGACUCCAUCCGCAACCUUCUCUGGUAAGCACACUACUGACUACACAAAGACCUUUGCAAUCUCCAUUGAUCCAAUUGCUACUCCAUCUUCCUCUUCCUCUUCCUCCGCCGCAAACUCAAAGGCGAAGAGAGAUGUUGUCACUCAAAUCGGUGACGGUCAGAUUCAAGCAACUACUUCUACGUCUUCCACUUUUACCAAGAAAACCGAAGCACCAGUGAUUACCCAAAUUGGUGACGGCCAAAUCCAAGCUACCACUGCUACUCCAAAGACUGAGGCACCAGUGAUUACCCAAAUUGGUGACGGCCAAAUCCAAGCUACCACUGCUACUCCAAAGACUGAGGCACCAGUGAUUACCCAAAUUGGUGACGGCCAAAUCCAAGCUACCACUGCUACUCCAAAGACUGAGGCACCAGUGAUUACCCAAAUUGGUGACGGCCAAAUCCAAGCUACCACUGCUACUCCAAAGACCGAAGCGCCUGUUGUUACUCAAAUUGGUGACGGUCAAAUCCAAGCUUCGACUUUAACUACAGCAACCGUCGCAACUCAAAUUGGUGAUGGUCAAAUUCAAGCAACCACAACCACAGGUGAAGGCUCCAAAUCAACAGAAACCUCCCCAGCAACCCCAAGUGGUGAUUACCAAGGCUUCCCAGAAUCUUGUAAGAACCCAGAUGCGCUAUCCAUGGUUUUAAAUAAAGGUAUUUUAACUGAUGCAAAAGGUAGAAUUGGUUCUAUUGUUGCAAAUCAACAAUUCCAAUUUGAUGGUCCUCCACCACAAGCAGGUGCAAUCUAUGCAGCAGGUUGGUCUGUCACCGCCGAUGGUAACUUAGCUAUUGGUGAUAAGGAUAUCUUCUUCCAAUGUCUGUCUGGUAACUUCUACAACUUGUACGAUGAACACAUUGGUUCUCAAUGUGAAGAAGUCUACUUAAAGGUUGUUGAUUUAGUUGAUUGUUAG